AUCAUGAGGGGGGAGACAAAUUUCUUCUCUCUCGUUCCCUGGUUCCCUCCCACCACUUUGUUUGUUUUCAGGGGUGAAUGUCCUGUUAAUGUCCUGUUUAUAUUCUACACUGUCCUGAAGAAGAGUCACACAAAAACCGACCAUUGAUCUGCAAUCAUGAAGUACCUAGCCCUGGCUUUGCUCCUGUGCACUCAGCUUCAUCUUCUCCAUGGUGCCUGUUUCGUCCCCUCGCUAGCGUUGAGUGAAGAUCUAUCUGGCUGUGUAGACAAGGACGGUACAGUGCAUCCCUUUGACUCAACCUGGAGAACCUCUGAUUGUCUGGAAUGUACCUGCAAUGGGUGUUGUGAAACGUAUGCCAGACCCGUUUCCUUUCCUAAGGACUGCACAAUGGAAUUUGACAAUAAAAAUUGUAAAUACAAGGUAUUCAAGAAGAAUGACCCCACAGUGCCAUGUCCAGUCUUUGCCGAAGUUGGAAAGUGAAGUGAUGAAGACGUUAAAUUGCCACAAUAAAGGCUAACUUGAGUAAUAAGAA